AUGUCAGUUCCAGGGCCUUGUGAACCUGAAGACCUCAUUGAUGGAAUCAUCUUUGCAGCCAAUUACCUGGGCUCUACACAGCUGCUCUCUGAGCGCAACCCUUCCAAAAACAUAAGAAUGAUGCAAGCCCAAGAGGCAGUGAGCCGUGUUAAGAGGAUGCAAAAGGCGGCUAAAAUCAAGAAAAAAGCGACCUCAGAGGGAGAUUCCCAGGCCUUGACUGAAGUGGAUCUGUUCAUCUCCACACAGAGAAUCAAAGUUUUAAAUGCAGACACACAGGAAACGAUGAUGGAUCAUGCGCUGCGCACAAUCUCCUAUAUUGCCGAUAUUGGUAACAUUGUGGUUUUAAUGGCGCGACGCCGCAUGCCAAGAUCAGCUUCUCAAGACUGUAUUGAAACAACACCUGGUGCCCAAGAAGGAAAGAAGCAGUACAAAAUGAUAUGCCAUGUCUUUGAAUCAGAGGAUGCACAGCUGAUAGCUCAGUCCAUUGGUCAGGCUUUCAGUGUGGCUUACCAAGAGUUUUUAAGAGCCAAUGGAAUUAACCCAGAGGAUCUCAGUCAGAAAGAAUACAGUGACAUCAUCAAUACCCAAGAGAUGUACAAUGAUGACCUCAUACACUUUUCCAAUUCAGAAAACUGCAAAGAGCUCCAGCUAGAAAAACAGAAGGGAGAAAUUCUUGGGGUGGUGAUUGUGGAAUCUGGAUGGGGAUCCAUUCUACCCACCGUUAUCCUGGCUAAUAUGAUGAACGGAGGCCCUGCAGCCCGUUCAGGGAAACUAAGCAUUGGAGACCAAAUUAUGUCCAUUAAUGGGACCAGUUUAGUUGGUCUACCUCUUGCAACAUGCCAAGGGAUCAUAAAGGGUCUCAAGAAUCAGAUGCAAGUAAAGCUGAACAUUGUCAGUUGUCCUCCUGUUACUACUGUCCUCAUAAAACGGCCAGACUUAAAAUACCAACUGGGCUUCAGUGUACAGAAUGGAAUUAUUUGCAGCUUGAUGCGAGGUGGGAUAGCUGAGAGGGGAGGGGUAAGAGUAGGACAUCGUAUUAUUGAGAUCAAUGGACAAAGCGUUGUUGCUACUGCUCAUGAGAAGAUAGUACAAGCAUUGUCUAAUUCAGUGGGAGAGAUUCACAUGAAGACUAUGCCAGCUGCCAUGUUCAGGCUUCUAACUGGGCAAGAGACACCCCUAUACAUCUAGAAUGCGACUCUUGCAGCAAAAUAACUAAAUGAUUCCAUCACAGCUGAAGCCCUCGCAGCUGAAGAGGAUUUUCUAUUUUGUAUGAAUGAAAGGCUUUGAAGCUGACCCAAGGACCCCAGAACAUGGAACAGAGAGGUGUCUCUGCCUUUUCUCUCCUUCCUUUUUAUUUCUUUGCCAAACAGUGAUGAGAAGGAUGGUCAAGGACAAUAAUCACUGACCAAAAAAUUUGUAAAACAUUUAGGUAUUUUGCAACAUCUUCUGAACUCUUUUCUCAUAAAACUUAAAGCGUAUUUAUUUGUAACCUUUAUGUAGAGUGAUGUAUGUAUGUCUGUCUUGUUUGAUAACAUGGUGAAUGUGAAUAGCUGAUGAAUGAGACUGCAGGAUGUGGCAAAGGGAAGCAAUUAGAGAAAGUUUGGCUGCCUCAAGUGGAAAAAAAAAAAAAUCCCAGUCCCAUGGAGUGGUCCCGUACCGAUGGCUUUGCAUAAGUUUAAAACUAGUGCUGAAUAGAUGGUAUUUCAGUGGAAAGGAAUGUGUGCUGUUCAAACUUUUAGAUUCUGAUGUAAAGAAAACCACUGUAGUACUUGGUAUUGUUAUGACAAGUGUAACCUGUUUGGCAAGGUGUGAACAUAAACAUGUAACAAGUGUUUCAUAUGCUAAAUAAAGAAUAAUUGCCACAAGAUUAAAAUCAAAAUAUUUAUUUAGAUACAUAUUUAUUUUUAAUGCUUGUGAUUUUUAUGAUUUAACAGAGUUAUUUCAUGGAUAACUUAUUGCACAGGUUGUGUAAUGUAUGUGUUGGGCUGGGUUUUUUUCCUUUAAUUUUUGCAUUUUGCUUUUUUGUUUGUAUUAGCUCAAAAUGGGAAAGCCAUGCUUACCUGUUUCUGUCUUUUAUAAAGCAUUCCUAUUCCUAAGGCAAUGUGUUCUGACUGUAAAUUGUUUUGGCAAAUAACUUAGCACCAUCAGUGGUAUUAGAAUGUGCGUAGAUAAAAAAAAAAAACUAGUAGUAAAUUUGUAUUCCUUAUGAGAUAAAUGUUAAUUGGUGUAACUUCUCAUCUAGAUUUAUUUUUUUUUCUUUUGGCCAAGGCCCUGAAGAAAAUACACUGUGACUUAAGAAGCCUUACCAUGCAGUAACUAAAGAGCUUUAGAUGACUGUACUUCAAGGGGUAGUGUGUUGCAUGCAACUGACCUUAGGAAAGAAUUAACCUACUAUCACUAAUAAAUCUGAAAUAAUAAAGGAA